AGGAGAAAACUUUAGAGAAGGGGGAGAGGAGAUCCAGUGCUUGAGAGAAAACUAUGCUGCAUGAAGAAGAAAAGACAUAAACUCACAAGCAAGCACGUCAGGCAUUACACGAGCAACAUGUCUCGGCCACCAGGAAGAAAGCAGGAGAACCACAAAAUUAGCAGAGAACUUCUUGUACUCACAUAUGGGGCUUUGGUAGCCCAGCUGUGCAAGGACUAUGAAAAAGAUGAAGAUGUCAACACCUGUUUAGAUAGAAUGGGAUAUGGCAUUGGUGUAAGGCUGAUUGAUGACUUUUUAGCUCGUUCAGCUGUGAAAAAGUGCCGCAGUUAUGCUGAAACUGCAGAGAUGAUUGCACAGGUUGCUUUCAAGAUGUACCUUGGGGUCACCCCUAGUGUGACCUGCAGUAGUCCUGCAGGAAAUGAAUUCUCCUUAAUCCUGGACAAAAACCCACUAGUGGACUUUGUGGAGGAGCUGCCAGCAGAACGAGCUUCACUCUGCUACUGUAACCUCCUCUGUGGGGUGAUUCGAGGCGCUUUGGAAAUGGUUCGCUUAGCAGCAGAAGUUACCUUCCUCCAGGACAGGCUGAAGGGGGAUGCCGUGACAGAAAUAGGAAUUACAUUUUUAAGGAAGGCUGAAGACAGAAAGCACAAAAGAAAUAAAUGAAAGACACAUCGGGACAAACCCUGGCUGAGAGAUAUUUUGUGCCUUUUGUUUCUGAAGAAGACAUGCAGGGUAAAACAAAUGACUUGGCUGAGCCAGUUACACCAGCCAUACAACUGAAAGGUGAAGAGACCCAGACAGCAAACAGGAGGAGCAGAGCAAGGGGGAGGUCAAUGUUAAUUGUCAUGGCACAGAUAUCGGUAGAAAAGAUCCAAAUGACCUGCCCUUCCUUCUCAUAUAACCAUGCUCUUGAGCUCAGUGAAUGUUUCAUCUCCGUAUUUGGUGCAUGCUCAAUGCAAAAUAUUCAUUCAGAUCCCAACUUU